UCAUCCAUGCACUGUACACGAAUUGUAGUAAACCUCUGAAAGGGGAACCCAUUAGUGGUGGGGCUGUGUUUCACUGGGACCUAAAUUAACAUUACAACGGGUUGUUUACAUCGGAAGCGACAGACUUAGCGGAAGAUACGCCGGCUGCUUGUUUGAAAAUACGUUUAGAAGCCAACAUGUUUGUUUCCGCUGUAGUUUGAAUCAAUACCGAGGCUCUCCAGCUCUUUCACAUGCGUGAUGUUUGACAUGUGCUGACACAGCUCGGCCUUCAGGAUGCUGGUCGGCUACAGCAGCAGCUCCGAGGAAGAGGAGGAGGAGGAGGAGGAAGGGGAAACUGAGGCGACUGCUGGAAACAAAAGUUGCUCUCGAAAGUGCCAAGAGGAAGAUGAUGGUAACGAUGGCUGUCCAACGAGGAAGAAACCAAAAACUGAGGAACAGGUUCCUAAAACAAGCAGGCUGCCUCUUCCUGGAUGCCUGUUGGCCAUGUUUCCAGAGGAAGUGGACUCACAGACUGAAGACAGCGCUCUUCAUGGUGGACGCGUCCGCUCCUUCAAACACGAGAGAGGCAACUGGGCCACCUAUGUUUAUUUGCCAUACCAUCCUGAGGAGGAGUUCAGGGAGUUGUUGGAGGAGCUCCUCUCAGCAGCAAGGGCCCGUGGUGUGCUUUUGACCCCGCAGGAGGAGUUCCACCUCAGCGUGUCUCAGACGGUGGUGCUGAGACACCACUGGAUCCAACCCUUCACACAGAGCCUCAGGGCAGGCCUGCUGCACUGCAAGAGGUUUGUGUGCUCAGCGGGAAGACUGAGGGUCUAUUGUAAUGCUGAGAGAACGAGGACGUUUCUGGGGAUUGAAGUGUGUACUGGGCAUGCUCAGUUGUUGGAGCUGGUGCAAGCAGUGGACAGAACAAUGACAGAGUUUCACCUGGACACUUUCUAUAAGGAUCCAUCUUUCCACGUGAGUCUGGCCUGGUGUGUGGGAGAUGUGACGGGACAGAUGAAGGAGUGCAUUCAGGAGCUGCAGAGUCUGGUUGAUGACCGUGAAGAAGGACCAUUUCUGCUCAGGCUGGACUGCACGGAGCUGCGCUGCAGGACGGGAAACAAGACCUUCCGCUUCCCUCUUGAGCCCGAACAUUUGACAUAACCUACACACUGACCACUGGACCUUUACAGCCGUGUACUCCUGACCACCAUAAAUGAGCUGGAAACAUGAUCAGAUCAAGAGAAUGGAUUAAAUUGCAUGGUUAAAGCCAUACAGUUGUUAGGAAUGUGGCUAUGUGUGACACAUCCCGGCAAAGACAAUCAAAGCUCCAUAGCAAGAAUAAAGAAUGUUAAUGUUAUUGUAAUACUGUAUAUAAAUAAAGUUCCUACUAGUUUUA